AUGGGUCCGCCGCCGAAUGGUGUGUAUGACACGCCGAAGAACCUGCGGUUCAACACGUUGCGGACGUUCCAAACAAACGUGAAGAGCGCGCUCAGCAAUGUGAAGAAUGGGAACAUCAAGAAGUUCAAGAUUGACUUCUCGAGCAAGAAAAAGUCUCCCUCCUUCACAAUCAGCCAAGAUGGAGAGCAAGCUAAGAUCCGAGAAGAGAAGUCGGUGUUCUACCUGUCGAUCACGAACCUGAAGGACAUUCGAGUGAAGAUGAACGCGCACGUCGAGAUCUCAAGUGAGAUCGAUAUCCUGAACAUCAACGGGUUUUGGUACGUUGCCAUUCCAGAGUACGUGGAGCCGACGGGUAAUGUGCUAGAAUUUGGACGAGGUACCAAGGCCUACUUGGACGCGAUUCGGAAACGUCGGGAUAACGCGCAGAGCGUGAUGUCCAAGUUCAAGAACAAGAAGAAGAGCAAACGAUGGCAGUAUAGAGCGUAUGUGAGAGCCAAGCGUACGUUCCUCAGCUCCACGGCCAAGCUCAAGAACUGUGUGAAGGAGCUUCAUUUGCAGACGUGCUCGUACCUGGUCAAGCACUACGACGUGAUCCUACUCCCGAUCUUCCAAUCCAAGGACAUGUUCCUCCAGCUCCUUCAAGCCAAGUGUGAGGUCGUGGGCAAGACUGUCGUCGUCUGCUCUGAGAUGUACACGAGUCGGACGUGCACUCGUUGCGAACGCCUCCAUCUGAAACUCGGAAGUAACGACGUGUUCACGUGUCCGCACUGCUCCUAUACGGCCGGCCGGGACGAGCACGCGGCAUUCAACAUCCUCCGCUACGUCUGCGCGGGAUCUCUGCAAACCUAUGCAUGA